GGAUGCAGGACACGGUUUAUAAUGGCGUAUCUUCCUCUCCUUUGCUUACUGAAGCUGGAGUUCCUCAGGUUGCUGUUCUCUUUCCGUUUCUCUUUUCCUUCUUCUUACAUGAUUUACCUCUUCCAGAUGAAAUCAACUUCGUCAAAUAUGCAGAUGACUUGUCUGUAUCGUUUCCCAUUAAGUCUCAGUCAGACUGUUUCAAAUUAAAUAGCAUCUUGUCGGACAUUAUUCAGUGGUCCAAACUAAAUGGUCUCAUGCUGAAUCCCUCAAAAUGCCAGACUAUUGACUUCUCCCUUAGGCAUAAACGAGAUCUACAAACACUAGUAAGUUCUCAUGAAGCCUGCUGCAUUGAGGAGACUAAAAUUGAAACUAAAUCUAGUUCUGUCUUCUGACCUUAC